AGUGGAGGACCAGAGCUGGGGGCAGCGAUCGAUGGCGAAAAUGGUCGGGCCUCGAGUUUACAGCUGCAGUCAUUGCGGAAACCAUGUCUGCCUUCACGACGAUAUCAUAUCGAAGGCUUUCCAGGAUUGGCCUAUCAAAUUCUCUUGGAUGUCUGUAGAUUUACUCAUCUUUUCUUGCUCUUGAUCUCAUUAUGAAAAGGUUGCAGGAUUGUCAUUAGUACAUAUGUCAAAUAUUAAAGAAAAUUAAUAAUACAUCCCUGCGCGUCAAGAGUCUAUUGCAACAUUGGUCGCCCGCGUGUCGGUGGCUCCACAGCGGAUCCCAACUCUUGCUUCCAUGCAACGGUCGUGGAGAGGCGGCACGUGCGAGUCACGCCGCGCGAGGAAGCCGGGUGCAACAGUCACGGCAACGGUCAUAUUGGCAAAGGCGUUAUGAUUACCACCACUCGCAACGGUCGGAAUCGAACCCCGCCUUCCUCUCCGUCCGAUCCACAUCGGGCGGUCGCCCGUCGUCAAGCCGACAGUGCCGGGAAUCCCACUUUGGCAGCUGUUGGCGUUUUUUCCAUGGAACGGUGAGUCCGUCGCACACUCACUCGCCCGGCACAGUAGCGGAGCAGCGGGAGGGACCGGAAGGAGGAGCAGCGGCGGAGGUGGAGGAGGAGGAGGAGGAGGAGAAGAAGAAGAAGAACACACAGAAUAAUCUUUGAUUUCGUUGCUUCUUUAAUCUUCCUCAUGUUUUCCAAAUACACCUGAAUUCGAAGUCGGCCUUCUACAUUUUUCUCUUCUCCUCUUUGUUUUUGGGUUUGGUUUCUGGAAUCAUGGAGGUCGCGGAGAUAUCGGGUGAUGCCUCAGAGGUUCCCAUGGCUACCGGGGAAUCCGCACGAGCUUCGCUGUGGGACGUCCAUGGCUCUGUGCUUGGCUCCUCCCGCUAAUGUUUUGGGAUCAAGAUUUGUUCUUCUAACCAUUCUUUGAUUCUUUUUGACUUGGCUUUCAAAUCUCUCCUCCACUCUUUCUCUCUGUUCUCGAAUAAAAAAAAUCGCCUUUUUUACUAAUUUUUUGAAGCAAUUAGGCGGCACACACAGCACGAUAGGAAGAAUUUGCAUCGUUUUAUCUGAGAAAGAAGCAGAGUUGGACGAGGAGUAGAGGAUGUUGGCUGGGUGCUCAUCGACGCUGCUGUCGCCGAGGCACAAGUUGAGGAUCGACGCUUCCGUGCAGUUGCAAGCCUGCCAUUUCCAGUUACAGGAGAAGCAUUGCCCUCCGCAGCAGCAGAAGAUGGGUACCCAGCGACUCGACCUGCCCUGUGGCUUUACCUCCCGGAAGGAUCCCCUGAGGGUGGCGCUGUCGGUGGAGAAGCCCGCGGCGGAGGCUCGGGGUACCAGCUGCUCCUUUAGGCGGAACCCGGUGGCACACUCUUCAUCGUCAUCCAUGGUGGCUAGGACGUCCUCGUGGGGAGGAACCGGAGAGAUCGAUGGAGGCCACGGCGGACCUUGGGAGCGGCGGAGGAGCUCGAAGAGAUUCCAUGAGAGGGGUUCGUGCGACGACUACCGAGCCAAGAGGACGAGGACCGGCGGCAUAGCAGGAUUUGUCGACGUCGAGGGCGAGGUAUGGCUCCCUCAGUCCACCCAGGAGCCUCCAUUGGUGGAAGGGGAGAAGGUGUUUCUCGUGCCCACAGCAGCAAGCUUUCCGCUUCCGUCGUCCUCGAGCCAUACUUUGGUAGGAGGAUCCUCUGGCCCCGACAAUGAUUUGAGCACAGGUGAAAAUCCAAACGGCAAGUCCCAGUCUGAUUCGAGUUCGUCGUCGUCGUCCGCAUACGUUUCUUCUCCGGAGCCAACAAAGGAUUCUUCUGGCAAUACAGCAUCGAACGGGUCUCGGAUCCCUUGUUCUUCCGGUGUUGCUGACGCAGGCGGCGACGGAGAUGGCAGCUUGACGGAGCAGCAGGGUCUCGAGCUCGUGCGCUUGCUCACGUCGUGUGCGGAGUCCAUUAGCACAGGAAACUACGAAGCCAUGAACUUUUUCUUGGCCAGGCUCGGAGAGAUGGCCACCCCACAGGGAACCCCCAUUCACCGGGUGGUCGCCUACUACACCGAGGCCUUGGCACUCAGAGUCGCGAGGCUCCGCCCUCACAUGUUCUCUGUUGCUCCACCAAGGAGCCUCCUCGACCCGACCGAGGACGACAAUGCUAUAGCGCUGCGGCUCCUCGAUUGUGUUAGUCCCAUUCCCAAAUUUCUCCACUUCACACUGAACGAGAGGUUGCUGAAGGCAUUGGAAGGACGAGACAGAGUGCACAUCAUAGACUUCAACAUCAAGCAAGGCCUGCAGUGGCCGAGCUUGUUUCAGAGCUUGGCUUCUCGGCGGCCUAAUCCUCCGAGCCACGUCCGGAUCACCGGGGUCGGCGAAUCUAGACAGGACCUCCAGGACACAGGAAUUAGGCUUGCGAGGCUCGCGGAGUCCUUCAACCUUUCGUUCGAGUUCCAUGCAGUCGUGGACAGGUUGGAAGAUGUGAGGCUUUGGAUGCUUCAUGUGAAGAGGGAGGAGUGCCUCGCGGUGAACUGUGUUCUGACGAUGCACAAGGCACUCUACGACGAGAGCGGAAAGGCUUUCAUGGAUCUGUUGGAUCUGAUAAGGAGCACACACCCAGAGAUCGUCGUCAUGGCAGAACAAGAAGCAAAGCACAAUGAGCCUAACUGGGAGACAAGGUUGGCCAGAUCACUAAGCUACUACGCGGCCAUCUUCGAUUCCAUGGAUGAUGCCCUGCCCAAGGACAGCCAGGCCAGGAUCAAGGUUGAAGAAGUGUUCGCCAAAGAGAUCAGAAACAUAGUUGCUUGUGAAGGGGAUGAGAGAACCGAGAGACACGAGAGCUUCGACGGGUGGAGCAAGCUGAUGGACGAUGGUGGGUUCAGAUGCCUGGGAAUUGGAGAAAGGGAGAUGCUGCAGAGUCGCAUGAUCCUGAGGAUGUACUCCUGUGAGAAGUACAGCAUAGAGAAGCAAGGGGAAGGUGAUGGACUCACUCUCAUGUGGUUAGAUCAGCCUCUGUACACGGUCUCUGCAUGGGCUCCCAGAGAUGUUGCAGGCAGCUCCUCCAUGUCUCAGCCAAGCUAGUUGGUGGUUUCUGCAUCACUCUCAUAUGGAUUCUUUAUACACUUCCAGACAUGAACAGGUCCAUUCUUUACCAUUCACACAACAUAGACAUUCUUUAUUUGCUUUUCUUCUUUUGCAAUUCUUUGAUUCUUUUGUGGCUGAGGCUCCCCAUAUAUGUUGCAGAAGUUCAAAAUGAUUGUAAUUUAGGUCCUCAGCAGAUUACCUUAUAGUUGCUUCCAUUAGAAUUUGAGGAUAGGUAUAGUAUUCUUUGAUUAUUUCCUCUAGUGUAGCUGCAGAAGCACAAUACAUCAUUCUUGUCAUUGCUUCAUGUUGAUGGUAGUAACAGUUAUAAAUGGAUAGUAAUUGUUUC